UGGAACUUUCGAGCAUAUGUCAUGAUAAGAAUGGAAUAGAUCGCACGUAUGUUAGCUAUAAAUUCCGAUGUUCUAAUCACACAUGGCAUUUAUGGGUCAUUGAGACGUCGAGACGAUUCGGAAGCUAGCAAUUACAAUGAAAUUAUUUUCUUUUGUCUGUGCUCUUCAGCUGUUAUUUCAGGUAGAAGCUGCUGAAUCGGAAAUCAAUUUUUAUAGCUACACAAUGGUAAAUUCCGAACUGAGGGAAAGCAAUCACAACAUGUCUACAUUCAUGAUUUCUGUAAGCUAUAGAGCCCAGAAUAUGUCUCAGCAAUUUUUAUGGGGUAUUGAUUCUUUACGUGCGAAGUACAGAGAGGACGCAUUUUUGGAGAAGUAUGAAACAAAACUUGCUGAAUUGGCCAAAAAUGUGAAUUCGAGCAACACGUGUCCACAGUAUCUUAAUGAUCGCUUCGAGGAAAAUCGUGCACAUCAGAAUGCGCUAUCCAAUUAUAUAUUUACAGCUGUAAACAAAUGGAGUAAAGAAUUUAACAAUCUCAACCAAAAACUUGCUAUCCUCAGCGUUGCCCUGGGGGUUGCAGAGAGAAAAGCUUACGAAUGCAUUCACCUUUUCGAUGGAGAUGAUCCAACAGGUCCUUUCACAUGCGUCAUGAAGUGUCUAGAGGACAUGAAGAAAAUGCAAGCUGAAGCUAUUGAUGGAAUCCACGAUCACAUGACGCAGCUGGCUGCAUCAAAACAUUCUGAACUAGAAACGUUGCACAUUUCCAUUGCAAAUAGCUCCAUCCCAACUUUUUAUGAACUCAAGGGAAUCGAUCAAUGGUUGGAACAACAUUGUUCUGAAUAACAAGCGACUGGGGCCCUUUAUCUGUUUCGAAGAAUUGAAUUUGUCAAGCGAAAUGCGAAAACUUAUC